GACAGUGACAGCAGACAACACGUCGAAAAUGGCUGACUCUGGGCCUAGUAAAAGCGAUAUUGAAGCAAUUUUUCAAAGAUUACGUGCAAUUCCAGCGAAUAAAGUAUGUUUCGACUGUAAUGCUAAGAAUCCUACGUGGUCAUCUGUGACGUACGGCGUGUUCAUAUGUUUGGAUUGCUCUGCUGUCCACCGUAGUCUCGGCGUUCACCUAACCUUCGUGCGGUCCACGCAACUAGAUACUAAUUGGACAUGGAAACAGCUCAGAAAUAUGCAACUGGGUGGAAAUGCAAAUGCUACGCAGUAUUUUCACACACACGGAUUGGUGUCAGAGGACGCCCGCCAGAAGUACAGCUCUCGUGUGGCACAAAUGUAUCGUGACAAGCUGAAUUCUCUCUCUGAGCAAGCUAUGAAAACUCACGGAACCAAGCUGCACCUGGACCCUGCUCCUGUGGAGGCUAAGGAGAGCAAGGAGCGUGAGGUAGACUGGUUUGCAGAGCAUGGAGAACCCACCACCAAUACUACUACUAAUCAGCUUGCAUCUGCAUCUGUGCAGGUGGGCAAGAGUGAGGAGAUCAGCUCUGAGGCGCGGCUGUGGGGCGCCCCGCCCUCCGCCGCCGCCGCCUCCGCCUCCGCCUCCGCUUCCGCUAAACGCGCGCCCAACAAACGUCCAGGGUUGGGGGCGCGCAAGGGGCUCGGUGCGACGAAAGUAGCAACGAAUUUCGAUGAUAUAGAGAGGGAAGCUAUCAUGGCGGAGAAACUAAAGAUGGAGGCGAAGGCCUCCGAGAGCGUCGCGACGCUGGAGAGCGUGGAGCGCGAGGUGGGCCUGCUGCGGCUGCAGUACCGCGACCCGCAUGCGGACCGGCUCGGCAUCGCCGCCGCCAACGCGGCCGCCACCAGGGGGGGUGGCGUGGCGCACUCGGCGGCCGCCGCCAUGACCAGUAUAGAGCAGGAGGGCACGCUGCCCGCCGACACGGCGCUCGCCUCCGUCGACGACCACGACCACGACCACGACCACUUCAACUCGGUGUUCACCAUGAUCAGGAACGAGCCGUACGGCAGCCGCGACGGUGGCGCCGGCGGCGGGGGGAGGUUGUCCUCCUCGUGGGAGCAGAUAGAGCCGGAGCCCGUGCGCCAAACGCACUCGAUGUUCGCGCCGGCCACCUCGCCCGCCCCCGCCCCCGCCACCGGCCCCGCCCCCGGGAGCAGGGGGCGCGCGCGCAAGACUGACCCCGCCGCCGACGAUGACUCCGCCGUCAAGAAGUUUGGCUCCGCCAAGGCCAUCAGCUCCGCGCAGUUCUUCGGCGACCAGGAGGGGGGCGGGUGCGAGCGGGACGCGAACCUGUCCCGGUUCCAGGGCAGCAGCAGCAUCUCCUCCGCGGAGUACUUCGGGGAGCGCACCAGGACCCAGCAGCCCGGCUUCACCGUCUCCGCGCCAGACCUGGACGAGGUGCGCGAGUCUGUACGUGCCGGCGUGACGCGGGUGGCGGGCCGUAUAUCCUCGCUCGCCAACGGAGUGGUCUCCUCGCUACAGGAGCGAUACGGAUACUGAACCACGCCCGACACCGCCGCCGCCACCGCCACCGCUGUCGCCACCACCACCGGCACCAAUACCACUACCAAUACAAGACGAGUCACUCUUAUGGCGAGAUUAAUAAAAUAUGUACCUGUACUGACUAGUGUCCAAUAGUAACGCAGGCCGAUUAGUGUUAUUAGUCCGUUAAAGUUGAAAUUGAAUAAUUACGUGCAGUAGGUAGAAUAUUCGCGGGCGGUAUCCGUCAAGUUGAUCGUUAAUGUUGAUGACGAGUUGUUCCCUCGAAAUUCCUUUACAAAUUUAAUAAUAAUAUAUAUAUUAUGAUGCAAUAACAUAGUGUCCUUGUGUUAUCGGAACCGAUGAUGGUCCACGACCGGAGGGGCCGAAUGCGGUCGGCGAACGAUUUAAGUAUAAGUUACUAUAAAGUUUUUGAUUAAAAUUUAUUUUUUGGAUUACUGAAUACUAGUACAAUAUUAAUAUUUUCUUUUCGUUUGUCCUGUAACGCGAAUAGCUAGGCGAUAGGUUGCUUAUAGAUAUAUUUAUAGAGAGUAUGUUGUUGCUGUUGAAAUGAUAAACAAACGAACUGUUGAACAAUUCUGAUUUCAUAUAGAUAACCGGUGUUGUCAUAUUAACAUAUAUUUAUUUUUUAUAUAUUACAAUAGUGUUUAUAUAUAUAGCAUUAGUGUUUAAUUUCGAUAUUAUUGUUUACCGAUACAGACUAUUGUUGCAACACUAUUUUUAAUAUGACCAUUAGAGUCACUGAUCGUGUAAAUAUUGUGUAACACGGUGUUGUAAGUCGUACUGGUUCGUUGCAAUGUCGUCAUCGAAAUGGUAUAAACGUAAUCGCAUUCCCUUAUUUUAUAUAAUUUGUCAUCGGCGAAUCGCGCACAAUAUUGUUAUCUUUGUAUGUUAAAACGUUGAAAUUAAAAUUCGUCAAUCGGAAUUUUAAACAUAUGCUUAUGUUGAGUGCGCUCUGUAAGGAUGCUCCUGUUUGCGAUAUUUUUAAUAGUUUCUAAACAAAGGUAUUGUGGGUGACAAAAUGUGAGAGGACGCCGCCAAGUGGUUUCGCCCUGAACCGUUGUAAUAUGCAACAGCGUCAGCACUCGGACGACACUCGCUCAAAUUAUUUCAAUUAUAAAAGUCUUUUUUACAAUUCUUUGUUUUAAUCUAAAAAAAAGUUCUAAUCUCAUCAGGUUACGUGAACACCUAAAAUUUAUACCGUGUAAUUUAUUUUCUUUCCUUCCUCACAUCGACAGUUCAAUAAUUGCUUGCCGUCCAUUUUCCCAAUAAAUUAUUAAUAAUUUAUGUGGUCGACGCAACAUUAUUGUUUCGUGCUCACUGCUGUCUCACACUUAUUCAAACAUGAAACAUUCCAUACAUAACUAUUAUUAUUGAUUUGACAAAGUUUUAUUUAAAUUAUAAAUUUUAUGAUACACUCCACAUGAUGCAGUUAAAAAUAGCCCACUCACGGUUUGAUAAUAACCUUACUAUCCCUAAAGAUAGAAAUGUAGCAAUAAGAGGGCGGCCGGUGGCGAGAUCACUCCGCGGUGGGGCAUUUAACGUUUAGAUUGUAUUCGUUUGCGGUGUAUACAUAUUAUUGAAUAGUUUGUUACGUAAGUCAACGUUGGUUUGUAGGCGUUAUUGGGGCGCAGCGGCCGAUGUGCGCCCGGACGGUACCGGUACAUUGUAUACGAACGAACAGACAGAAGCUUGUGUUAUAUUAUUGUACUCUCGCACGAUGUAGUGUUAAGACUUUGUUCAUCUUCCAAUGGUAUUAUAGUCUGUUUGUUUACGAGUGACCACACGGACACAGUGCUGGCCGGACGGACGCGCAUUUAUUCAAUUAACUAAUAUCAACCGUAUUUUAUGUUCGCUGUUAAAUAUAUAACACAGGAACGUGACUAGUUUCCGCUGAUUCGUGUAACAUAAUUAUUGUGGAGUUUGUUUUUAGAUUUUAAUUAUAUUGAUAUAAAUAUACGAGAACUAUAUUUGC